UAUACUGUAAAAUUCGCUGACAUUUUGGAUAUGAUUAUUUUUUCCAUAGAGAACCAAAUAACAGAAACAAAUUUUGAAAUUGGUCAAAAUAAAGUGCUGGAGAAAUGGACCCAUUGUCCCCUUUGUUUCCGUACCUGUGUCAAGGCAGAUAUGCGACAGGUUUGACGCGGUUUGUUUUAUUUAUUAAAACUUAAUCGGUGCUAAAAGAUUCCAAUUAUCGACUUAAAAUAUUAUUUGAUGUUGUUAUUAUUAUUUAAAAUAUAAAACAAAAAAUUAGUCCGUGCUUGAUAAUAAAUAUAUAAACAAUAGGUAUCAAUUUUUCUGCUAUAGUUUUAAGGUAAAUGGGUAUUCAAUAAUAAUAUGAAGUUAAAAAUUUUACAAAAUGUGUUUUCGUUAAUUUGCCAGUUGUUUGCGAUUUUUCCCGCCAUAUUAUUAAACAUACCAUUCGGAAUGAUGCUAGCCUGGCCAUCACCAACAUAUCCAAGAUAUCUACUAGAAUCAUCACCAAUCCCAAUAGACCUCGACCAAUCAGCGAUGAUAGCUGGCUUUCUAAUGAUUGGCCUAUCAGUCGCCACACCGUUAUCUUCAGCUACAUGGAUCGGCCCUAAAAACUCCAUGACCGUUGGAAGUUUUUUAAUGACAUUGGGUUGGAUAGUGUUAUGGCGGGCCAACAGCAUUUAUUUGGUUUUACUGGGCAGGUUCAUAACAGGUUUUGGUUAUGGUUUUUGUGUUUCCAAAAUAAAAAAAUAUAUUUCGGAAAUGUGUGAAAAGGAAUUAUCGAGUGGUAUAAUAAAUUUAACCAUGCCUGCGACUUGUGUUGGAGUUAUAACUAUGUUUUCAUACGGAAAUUUUGUCAAAUUAGAAGAUGUAAGUGUUAUAGCAUCCAUUAUUUCGGCGUGUAUAUUUUGUUUGGUUGCAUUUUUGCCUCAUACGCCUAAAGAGUUUAUACAAUCUAAUAAUUUAAAGUAUGCUAAGCAUGUUAUAGAAGCUGUUAAUCCUAAAGCAAAUGUACAAGAAGUUAUAAACAAAAUGAAAAUGGAGUUAUCCUCUAAAGAAAUAAAUGUUAGUUUUUUAGGUAUUCUUAAAGAUUCAAACCUUAGAUUGGACUUUUUUAACAUUGCCAUACUAACAUUUUUUCAACAAUUUACUGGGGUACCUUCCACGAUUAUUUAUUGCCAAAUUAUGUUUUCAAAAUGUAAAGUAGAACACCCAAUAUAUAUGUCUAUGGUCUACGUAAUAUUUUUUUUAUUUGGUAACAUUUUAGGUAUAUUUGUUACCCCCAAAAUACAAUAAAAGAUACAUGCUGAUAUUCUCCAAUAUCUCUAUAUUCAUAGCUUUAACACUACAAAUUAUUAUUAUUUAUUAUAAUGUUAACGAAUUAUAUUUUCCUUACGCAUCUGUGAUAAUUAUGCUAUUUUACGUUGUUUUUCACUCCAUAGGCUUAGGCAAUCUACCAUUUACACUAAUAAACGAUUAUUUUCCAUCCAACUGUAGAACAGCAAUGACUAAAUUUUUUAUUAUAGAACAUUCUAUAAGCGCAUUAGUUAUAACGAAAAUAUUUCAAGUAUUAAUGGGCAAAUUUGGCAUUAUAAUGCCGUUUUAUUUAUUUUUCAGUAUUAGUUUAGUUUGCCUGUUUUUUAUUUAUUUUUGUAUUAAUGUAAAACAUAUAAAUACAUAAAUAUAAAUCUCUUGGCGUUAUAUUUUCUACAGUUAAAAAUUCUGUAUCGUUAUAACGAUAUAAGCGCUUUCAGUGUCACCUAACCUUAAAAGGUAAAGUUAAUCAGCUGUUUUUUAGGAGAAAAAAGACUAAAUAUUUAGUAUUUAGUAUUUAGUCUUCUUGAUUAUGAGACAUUAAAUCUCAAGCAAAGUUUCUAAGCGUGCGCGAGUCAUUGUGGGAGGGUCUAAUCAGCCCAUUGUUGC